AUGCCAAAAAGCUUGAAUAAAGCAAAUUUUACACCUUAACAUGCGCAUUUUCACUUAAUUUGAUGGGCAUUUGAAACCUCUGACGCUCGUUACAGAAUUCAAACCGUGCAUUCAAAAUGUAUUCUGUCAUUUUAAUCAUUUUGUGUGCCUCAAUGAGCAUAAAUAUGAAGAUAUUAAUUUAAUUUUUUGCUCACUACUUGCUCAUUUUUUGAAUUAACAAAUCCAAUGCAAUAGCAAUCAAAUUACGCGCGUUUACUGUACCCAUGGUGAGCUGACUUUGCUUUCAAAGGUGAAUAAUUCUCUUUGUUACAUUCAACCUUAAAUGCUCAUUUAAAAUCUAUUCUGUUGUGAUAUAUUCAAAUGUUAAUUGGAUUCUUGAAUUCAAAUCUUGAUACAAAUUCUUGAUUUUCAUUCUUAAGAAGUACUAUAAUCUUCCUAAAUCUAAGAAUUCAGCCUUUUGAUUUAUUUAACAACAUGGACAAAGAACCGCAAUCGCAGCUUUCUGAAUCUCAAAUUCAGCUUAUCAAUGAUGAACUGGAAUACGAUUAUGACGCUAAUAACUACGGUGAAUUCAUGAUGGAAGUCAGCAAGAAUUUGGUUUGUGAAUUUUGUUGUGACACGGAGAAUUCAACAUUUUACAUCAAGAAUUUAAAGUUUUUGUGCCAGUGUUGCGUAAAUGGGCCAGAUAUAGCUCAACCAUUUCCGGAUUCAACAUUUAAAAUUCUCAAGGUGGUAAAUCUUCCUGAUUGCAUUCUUCAUGAUUAUUGUGAUGAUAAAGCAAGAUGGAAAUGUUCAAAAUCUGGAAUCGCAUUCUGUGAUACUUGCCAUGUCAAGGUGUGUCUUUUACAAGAAACAUCGAGCAAGAAAAUAGAAUUCCAAUGCUCCCCAGAAUGUUUAUUUGAAGCUGAUGAAAUUAAAUGUGUUGUUUGCACCAAAAUUCAUGCUGAAUUCGAAAAAGAUGAUGGAUCGAAACUGUGCCACAGAUGUUCAUCCGUUACAUUCAAUCAGGCUAGCAACAUAAGAAUAAGUAAAGAUAAAUCCGAUAGGAUCAUCAAAACCUAUUCAAAUUUAUUGAAGAAAUCCAAUGCUGCGUUUCAUUCUAAUGCUCUUCAGGAUGCUAAAUUCAAAUGCUAUUUUCAUGAGUUAAAAAGAAUGCUCGAACCUGGGACAUCAUACAAGUAUUUGUUUCCGAAUGGUGAUAUACUUAAUCAAGCAUUGGAUUCUUCGAAUCAACAAAUUGAGCAAAAUGAAAGCAAACUGAAUAAGUUAAUAUUCGUCCAUGAAUUCCUCCGAAAAGAAGGAUUGAUUCGCGAUUUGAUUAAGAAUUCAGCAAUCUGUAUUGAAGAAUUCCAAUCGCUUGUUCAUCAGCUUGAUGAUUUGGUUGAAGAGAACACAGUAUCUUACUCAAUAAUCACAUUUCCACUCAUUCCUUCGAUCUCAGUCAAUGUUUGUUCUCAAAACUCAGUAUCACUCUAUAAUUCAUCAUCUCAGGAAUCAACAUCUCAAGCGGAUUCAGAAUCCAUUGAUGACCAACCAGAAUCAGUUGAUAAUGAAGCGUCAGGUGAUACAGAACUGGAGGUAUAUCUUGAUGCCCCUUUAAAACCAUUUACUGAUCCAUCACGUUUAAUUACUGAUAUUGUCUAUUUUCGUGAUCCAAAUUGGAUUUGGCCAGUUGUUCCUGGGUGUCAAGCGCUUCGAAAAGAAAUCUUUGAUUUCUUGAAUUCAAAUUUUGUGGGGAAACCACUGAAUGCGUCCUCAAUCUGUAUUGGAUUUCUGACUGUUUUUCGAGAUGCUUCAUUGAAAAGACCUGAUGGGCACCCAUAUAAAAGAGGUAUAAUCCAACGUUUACCAUCGGAAGAAGGAGGAACAUAUUGUGUUGCUUCACUUGAUUUUGCCCGUAAACUUCCAGUUAGAUUACAAUAUUUAUUCGAAUGCCCAUCUGAAUUGGCAUCCAAACCAGCAACUGUUUUUCAUGCUAGAAUAAUGGGAGUUCAGCCAGUAUCCAAAUUCGCAUACACCAAGACCCAGGGAGAUAGUGCUUUUAGCAUCAUGAAAGGAUUGGUUUUGGCUGGGAAAAGUAAAAUCAGCAUUGAAAGAUUAUUCAUUCAGGGUGAAUUCGUUUACUGUAAUAUUUACUCCAUGAAUAAUGAGAAUAUUUUGGUGAAUUGGGAAACAGAAUUAAUCCGUCACAGAGCUGCCGUUCCUUUCCAAAAAAGAAACUCAUGUUUUCUUCCAAAGAAGGAUUUUUGUUAUCUUUAUCAUGUUCUCCGCCAAUGUAACAUUCGAGAAUGCAAUAGAGUUCAUGAAUGCUCAUUCUGUUACUCACGGCAUCGACUCGUUGAUUGUGAAGCUUAUUUAGCAGCUGAGAAAGCAUAUCAAAUCGAUCUUGAUGAUUCCAACCUCAAUGAUUGAAAAAUAUUCGAAUUAUUUUUUCAUUGUAAUUUCCUUUUUUUUCAUUCCGCAAAUUCAAAAUUUUUAAUUCUCAUUCAAAUGUAUCAUUGAAAUUGAAUUCACUCAAGAAUAAAUCAUGAGAAU